AUGGAAAAGGUUUUCCGUCUUCUAGACCUUCCCGCCAACAUUCGAGACCAGAUCUACUACGAAAUUUUGUGUACAUGGCCAGAAGAGAACCAGUAUGCCGUGAAUCCAACUGAGGUGGCUAUAUUAGACUGCAAGUGUCAGUUUGCCAUCCUUUGCACCAAUCAACAGGUCUACUGCGAAGCCGGAGCGGUCAUGUUGAGAGGGAACCAAUUCAUUCGCAUCAGCAUAAAAGGACAUCAGCCCCUACAAGUCCUGUUUAUACCUAGCCAGAUACCCGUCGUGACUAUGAAUCAAAAGUUCCUCGCCAAGUUCACAGGCCAUGUGAUGACACACUCAAUUGACUUCACCAAUGACCCGGCGCCAUUGAAGAGUCAGCUUGAGGUUAUGAUUAUACGGCGCGACCUGGAUCGUUUUGUUCAAGCGCUUGGGAAAGCGGAUUUGCGCAGUCCAAAUUUUACAGCUACGUCUAAGCAUCAAGUCACAAUUCACAAUCCUUUUGUGGGUAUUCCAGCUCAGAGAAUCUUGAAUAAGAAGAAUCAGGAACGCCUACUUGCACCAUAUCGGGAGCAGCUACGUGGUUUCAAAAACUUCACGGUCCUCGGCCAAAUCCCGACAGAUAUAGCAAAAGCGGUGAUCAAGGCAGUCAAGCAAGAGCGCAUUCCAGAUCGUCAAUAG